GUACUUGUUCCAACGUGUAAGCCGAGCUGGAAAAAGUGGAAAAUGAGAGAAAAAGUUGAAAAGUAACAAAAGUGUUGCAAUUGCCCCACCAAGGCCAGGAUGAGUGGGAAUGUCAAGGGUUGACUCACCCCAGCGAGACGAGCGGCGGGUGCCCCUGUCCACAUUCUUUCUCCCCCCGCUCAUGCACACGCCCUGUGACAGUGAAAAAAAGUUGGCUGCUGCAGCGAGAAGUUAAAUCACGGAAAAGAUAUGUGCUGCUGCCUCAUCUAGAGCAGAGGGAAAAGAAGGAGCUGCUGCACUUAUUUCUCUUCAAUUUUCCUCCCGUCCUCAAAUCUAAACGACAUGGAGUCAGCCAUCCAGACUUUGGUGACCACAUUCCUUAGUUCUACCAGAGGCAAGGAGAACAUGGAUAGCAAGUCCUUCCAGAAGAUGGUAAAGAAGAACCUUGGCAGCGUCAUGGAGGACGCCAACAGCUCAACGGCCGUCAAGGAAAUGCAAAACGGCCUGGAUGAGAACAAGGACGGGAAGGUCAGCUUUCAGGAAUACCUCACUCUGAUCGGCUACAUCGCCAAGGCCGUCAGCGAGAGCAAGUCCCCGUCCAACGCCGCGGCGUCGUAGACGGCCACCCCGUUUGGGAUCUGCGUUCUCGUGCGCUUCUUUCACAGUUAACCAACCUUUUGUAUCGAACCAUCCUGCUAACCCGCUAUUCGAGGCUCCCUCCAUGUUGAGCUCAAGAAAACAUUGAAGAACUCCCAUGUCAUGAAUGCAAUUAAAAGCUUUGUACCGACA